AAAACGUUGGGAGAGAAAGAGAGAGAGAAGAGAAAGACAAGCCUUCCUACUUCCGAGUACAUAGUACUCUAAUUCUCUCUCUCGCUCCUCGUAUCAAACUCUCAGAACGAAGUUCUUCCCUGGUCACUUGCUUCCUAGAGAGGAAGCUCUGCAAGUGUCUCUAUAUGAAGGUGGUUUCAUCUCGGCAACCGGAGACCAAGUAAUCGUUUGCCCCUUUACGAUAGUGACAAAUUGUAUAUAUGGCGAACGGAAGGCAUAUUCCACAAGUGUUCGAGGGACAUUCGACUCCUGCUGCCGGAAUGACAUCUUAUGGUUUUUUGCCCGCUGCACAUCACUCCGUUGAUCCACUUCAUCGUGAAAUUUUGGAGGGCAAAUUAGUCUCUCAGGCGGCAGAAAUAGAGCAGCUCGUUACCGACAAUCAUACAUUAGCGUCUACUCAUGUGACCUUGAAGCAGGACAUUUCUGCAGUUCAUGAGGAAAUAGAGAAACUCCGAGAUCAUGUUAGAAGCAUUCGAACUGAAAGUGAUAUCCAGAUUCGGGUCACAUUGGACAAGAUGGCAAAAAAGGAAAGUGCCGUUCAAGCUUCUGAUAGUAUCAAGAACGAUCUACAACAAUCCAUUAACGAGGCACAGAAUUUAGUUACCAUUACUCAAGAGUUGGAUGCUAAAUUUAAGCCCGCUACUGAAGAAUUAGAAAAAACUCGUUUAGAAUUCAAGAAAUUACCAGAAGUGCGGUCUGAACUUGAAAAUUUGCAGCAAGAACACCAACAGUUACGCGAGACAUUUGAGUUUGAGAAAGGUAAAAAUGUAGCGAAAGUUGAACAAAUGAAACUUCUGGAGACCGACGUUGUUGCCAAGGCUACUGAAGUGGAAAGAUUGCGAACCGAGUUGCUAAAUGCCGAGAGGAGAGCGAAAGAAAUGGCAGAAUUUGGAGACGAUGCCGCUCCUCUUCCCCCGCCCGCCAAGAUCUCACUUGGCAAAAAGAAGCCAAAGGCCAAACCAACCGGGUCGAAGGAGGUUCCACUGGCCCGACCCAUCGGGACCUCGACCAUCACAACAGGCGAGGGCUUUGUGGUCGAGCCAUCGGACGUCUUGGUCAACCGGGUGGAGGUCGCUCGGGGCAAGGAGAAGGUGCCCGAGAAGGGCAUGACCGAGGUCGGCGGCAUCAAGCGUCGUAGGGAGCAGCGCAGCCCGAGCCCCUCGGCCGGGUGGAAUAAGGACGAGUCGUCCAUACUGGGCCGUAUCGGCAAUGCCGGGCCGGUGAGGGAGGAUCAAGGGAAGAUGACCCCGACUCAGGUGGCCGAAAGGAUCGGCCACGACUUGGCCGAGAUCUCCCGAGCGGCCCAGCUCCUUCAGGGUCGAGCCAUGCUGGCCGACGAGGCCGAUCGAUAUAAGAAAAUCGCUGCCCGACGCCUUCAAGAGGUCAAGGACAUUCAGGCUGAGCUGGAGAAGGUCCAGAAAGACCUUAAGAAGAGCGAGGAAGAUCGGGUCCUGACUGAAAAGGUCGCGCAGCGGGCGAUCGGGGAAGCCGCGGAGCUGAAAGCCCGACUGGAGAACCCGAACGAGCUGGCCAAAUCCGUUUUUAAAGACAACGAAACGGGCUCGGCGUUUCUCACGGCGGCCCGGAGGACGAAGAUCGGGGAGGACCUGAUCCUAUCAUUCGGUCGGUGGGCCUUCAAAGCCGGGCAAAGGAAAAUGCUCGAGAGGGCCCAGAAACGAAUGGAGCAGGCCCUUGAAGGAGACGACCUUCAGCUGGUUUUGUCUGCCCUUCCUCCCGACCUUGCCGACCCCGGUCCCUCUCCGUUCGCCCCCAAGCACAAGGCAGCCGACCCGAGCGGUCCUGCGGCGACGGUCCCGAGCGAGGCGGAGGCUUGUAAGAAAGAGGAAGCCAAGGGAGCGAAGAAAUAGAAGUAGUUUUACUUCUCUCUUUUUUGUAGAC